CAACGAACGGACACGUGGCCAUUUUACAAGGAGCACGAAUAAACCACCAAUGCUAUGACAUGAUUUCAAGAUACGACAAACGUCAUGAACGUAAGAAAGCACAACUCACUCCCGCGACGGUACAAAACGACGAAACCAAGAAGCAGAUCGACUCCUUGAGCAAAACAAUCGACAGCCUGCAAAAACGUCAAAAGCAGAUCGUGACAACCAGAGGAAAGGUCCAAAAGGAGAUGAGAAUUUUGAAGGACCAAUUCUAUCAUAACCGUUCUGAUGAAAAUCAUACAAGUUGGCAAGGCAAGAAGGCUGCGGUUCGUAGGGAGAAUUAUGCUCUUCUGGAAUGCAGGAAAACUUUACGCAAGGCAAAGAACAAGCGUUAUCUAUUGCAACGACAGUUACAGCAUGCCGUAACUUUUUCCGGAACGGAUUACGGACUCAAGACAAUGUCAGUGACAGUGCCAUUGAAUGUGCCGACCAUCAGCAGGCAUUUGCGCCUAUAUAACAGAUAUGCUUGCCUCGAAUCUUGCGCCGAUGUCGAAACAGAAGAUGCUCUCAGUGAUUCUGAACUGCUGCUUCCGAAACCAAUUAAAAGCAGUGCCAAACAUAUCGAAGAAGUAUCGUUUUCCAGAAGGCACCGAAGAAGACGUGAGAAGUUGAAGAAGAUGUCUUCUUCGAUCGAAAAGCGCUGAGAAAUUGUUAAGCCAAAACCCGAUCUGGAGUGCUUGGACGCAGGAGGAAGCAUUGAGUAGCUUCAAGGUAUGUAGAGAUUCUUGAAUCAAGUGGAUGCACUGAAGUCACACUGGUUAUAGUUGCAAAUGGAUACAGGUGAUG